CUGGUCGCACGGUCGCACGGUCGGACGCAGGACCCCAGAGCCCCGAGGUGGGCAGUGUGCCAGGGUCCCUCACAGCUUCCUCAAGCCCCAUCCAGGCUAUGGGCAUCAAGACAGCCUUGCCCGCGGCAGAGCUGGGCCUGUACUCCCUGGUGCUGAGCGGGGCCCUAGCCUAUGCUGGCCGGGGCCUCCUUGAGGCUUCACAAGGUGGGGCCCACAGGAGAGCCUUCCGGGAGUCUGUGCGACCCGGCUGGGAGUACAUUGGCCGGAAGAUGGACGUGGCUGACUUCGAGUGGGUGAUGUGGUUCACCUCCUUCCGCAACGCCAUCAUCUUCGCUCUCUCCGGACACGUGCUGUUUGCUAAACUCUGCACUAUGGUUGCCCCCCAGCUCCGCUCCUGGAUGUAUGCUGCGUACGGGGCCCUGGCGGUGGUGGGCACGAUGGGCCCUUGGUACCUGCUGCUGCUGCUUGGCCACUGCGUGGGCCUCUAUGUUGUCUCACUCUUGCGCCAGCCCUGGCUCUGUCUCGGCCUCGGCCUGGCCAGCCUUGCCUCUUUCAAGCUGGACCCCCUCAUCUCCUGGCAGAGUGGGUUUGUAACAGGGACUUCUGAUCUUCAAGAGGUGCUGUUUCACGGGGGCAGCGGUUUCACGGUGCUGCGUUGUACCAGCUUUGCGCUGGAGAGCUGUGCCCACCCUGACCGCCGCUACUCCCUAGCUGACCUGCUCAAGUACAAUUUCUACCUGCCCUUCUUCUUCUUCGGGCCCAUUAUGACCUUUGAUCGCUUCCACGCUCAGGUGGAGCCGGUGCGGCGAGAGGGCGAGCUGUGGCGCAUCCGGGCCCAGGCGGGCCUCAGCGUGGUAGCCAUCGUGGCCGUGGACAUCUUUUUCCACUUCUUCUACAUCCUCACCAUCCCCAGUGACCUCAAGUUCGCCAGCCGCCUCCCGGACAGCGCCCUCGCUGGCCUAGCCUACUCAAACCUGGUGUACGACUGGGUGAAGGCGGCCGUCCUCUUCGGCGUUGUCAACACCGUGGCGCGCCUCGACCACUUGGACCCGCCCCGGCCUCCCAAGUGCAUCACAGCGCUCUAUGUCUUCGCGGAGACGCACUUUGACCGUGGCAUCAACGACUGGCUUUGCAGGUAUGUCUAUGACCACGUUGGUGGGGAGCACUCUGCGGUGAUCCCAGAGCUGGGGGCCACUGUGGCCACAUUUGCCAUCACCACUCUGUGGCUCGGACCUUGUGAUACUGUCUACUUGUGGUCAUGCCUUAACUGCUUUGGCCUCAACUUUGAGCUCUGGGUACAGAAGCUGGCAGAGUGGGGGCCCCUGGCACGAAUUGAGCAGGCCUCUCUGUCGGAGCAGAUGUCCCGCAGGGUCCGAGCCAUCUUUGGGGCCAUGAACUUCUGGGCCAUCAUCAUGUACAACCUUGUAAGCUUGAACAGCUUUGAGUUCACAGAGCUGGUCGCCCAGCGCCUGCUACUCACAGGUGAGGGACGGGGGAUACGGAAUAUGCCAGGUAUCGACCUCAAGGACUGUGACCUCCUGAAAUGUCCCCACCCCACCGCAAUUCUGCAGGGACUCAGCAGGGCGGGACAGUCAAGUGGGGAGAGAAGAGUCACUGGGGGAAAGGGAAGCUGCUUCCAGGUGCCCAUGACCUCUUCCCCACACAGGGUUCCCCCAGACCACACUGGCCGUCCUGUUUGUCACCUACUGUGGUGUCCAGCUGGUGAAGGAGCGAGAGCGAACCCUGACGCUGGAGGAGCAGAAGCAGGACAAAGAGAAGCCCGAGUAGGGGAGAGGGGGAGAGGGGAGAGGGUUGGGCUCCGCUCAGCUAUUCCUGGGAGGGGCCUGACUGAUAGAAUAAAAGACUUUUCUACCACGGUUUGGCUCUUCCCUGCCCCUUGCUCCAGCAGCCUCCUGGCUCCCUGUCCAGGCUGGAUGAGGAGCUGGAGGUUCAGGGAGGGGGCUCAAGCUCUUGGCGCAAACAGAACGUGUAGGAGACACACGUGGAGGGCAGAGACCACCGACCUUGGCAGCCCAGCAGCUGAACACAAAAGCCCCAGUUCUUCAAAGCACCUGGUCGCUGACGCUUGGAGCACCUGAUCCCAGACCCCGAGC